UGGGCAUCUUGGCGUCCGACGGCAUCUUGCUGGCCGCUGAGCGUAGGUACACGAACAAGCUACUUGACGAAGUCUUCACUGCCGAAAAGAUCUACAAGCUGCACGACGACAUGGCCUGCAGCAUGGCCGGUAUCACUUCAGACGCAAACGUGCUCACUAACGAACUGCGUCAGAUCCCUCAGCGCUACCUCCUGCAGUACGGCGAGUCCAUCCCUUGCGAGCGCCUUGUCACCUGGCUUUGUGACUUGAAGCAAGCUUACACACAGUAUGGAGGUAAGCGUCCGUUCGUUGUCUCAAUCCUGUACAUGGGUUGGGACAAGCACUACGGUUACCAGCUGUACCAGUCUGACCCGAGUGGUAACUACAGCGGCUGGAAGGCGACUUGCAUCGGCAACAACAGUGCUGCCGCCGUGUCCAUCCUCAAGCAAGAAUACAAGGAGAACGAGACCACACUAAAGGAUGCCCUGGCUCUGGCCAUCAAAGUCCUGAGCAAGACACUCGACAUGACGAAGCUCACUGCGGACAAGCUCGAGAUGGCUACUCUCACUAGAGAUACGCAACGUAACAAGACGCGCGUUACCAUUCUGCCUCUGUCGGAAGUUGAGAAGCUCAUAAAGAAGCACGAAGAGGAGGAGGCCAAGCUGGAAGCUUCAAAGAAAGAAAAGGAGCGCGAGAAGCAGCAAGCCAGAAGCUAGGCGACUAUCGUGCUCUAUUUCAGUGCAUGUUUGACACAUUGCUAUUAAAUGGCCCAAUUCUGGCGCUAACAUGUAACCAUGUGACCGUCAAGGUGCGGGUAUUUCUGUGGC